GGUGUUUGGGAUGGAAGUUGCUUUUGGCACGGAGGUGCUCUUUCUUUAUCAUCUUAAGCAAAUCUUAAACGUCAGAGACACCGGAAAAUAAAGCUGCAUGUAACAGUGCGCGAUCUCCAACAACCGAAACGGCGGCACCCGGAGAAAUCCGCGUUAUUAGGAACAGAUGAUGGUCAUAAGUGGUGAUCUGUUUGCUUGCUGUUGAAUCAUCGGAAAGAAAGAAAACGUCAGGCGAGGCUCGUGCGAGUCACUGAUAGUCGGAUGUGCCAUAAAUAGCCUAAAUGCAUGUAAUUUAUCUGGUUGGACACGAAAUUUUCUUCGUUCGAUGUAAUAAUUAGUAGAUUAUGUGUUUUAUGUGAUUCAGGAGUAAGUCAAAGGUCAGAUCAAAGUGUUUGUUGUUGUUGUUUUUCUUUUUUUGCAACAGACAGCAGUUAUAUAAUUUGUUCGCCUAUAUAUUGGUUAUAAGAUAAAUAACGUCUUGAAUUAAUUCAUGCUUAUGGAAGCUGAUAUAAGAGCAGCAACCUGUAACCAAUUAUUCAUUCUUGACAUGGGCUCGCUGUGACUGACAUACAGUUUACUUGUUUAAUUUAUUUAAGCUUAGUCAUAUUGACCUUUUUAUAAGUGUGUUUGCGAGUGUGUAUCUGUGAUUCGUUUUAUAGUGUUAUUUAUAAGCAUGGUGACAGUGCAGUGCGUUGAUAGCUGGAUUGCAUCACUUGUGUUUUGACAUAUCUGACGUCAGGGGUGUCGUGUGUCACUCAAACUGUGUUUAAAGUGUGUGGGAGCUUUUUAAACAUACUACUUCGUUAUAUUUGGACUGAUUUGGUGAUUUAACGGUGGAUUAUUCAAGAUAUUUCGAGAGGGAAGACUCAGAUCUGGCACAGUCAGAGAUCCUCGUUGAUAUUCCCAGUUUCUCCCCGCCAAUGCUGGAUCUGGAGGUCGUUCCUGAGCGAUCUUUGGGAAAUGAACAAUGGGAAUUCGCAUUAGGGAUGCCAUUGGCCCAGGCCAUUUCAAUAUUACAGAAACACUGCCGAAUCAUCAAAAAUGUCCAGGUGCUCUACAGCGAACAAAUGCCACUCAGCCACGACCUCAUUCUCAACUUGACUCAGGAUGGAAUUAAACUGCUGUUUGACGCCUGCAAUCAGAGACUGAAGGUAAUUGAAGUGUACGAUUUGAGCAAAGUGAAACUGAAAUACUGUGGAGUACAUUUUAACUCUCAGGCAAUAGCACCUACUAUUGAGCAGAUUGAUCAGUCUUUUGGCGCUACUCAUCCAGGAGUCUACAAUGCUGCCGAGCAGCUCUUCCACCUGAACUUCCGAGGGCUUUCCUUCUCUUUCCAGCUGGACUCGUGGAGUGAAGCUCCUAAAUAUGAGCCUAACUUUGCCCAUGGCUUGGCCUCCCUGCAGAUUCCCCAUGGGGCCACUGUCAAACGGAUGUACAUUUACUCUGGAAACAACCUUCAAGAAACCAAGGCUCCGGUGAUGCCUCUGGCCUGUUACCUUGGUAAUGUGUAUGCCGAGAGUGUGGAGGUGUUGAGAGAUGGGGCAGGACCGCUGGGUCUCAAACUUCGCCUUCUCACCGCAGGAUGUGGCCCGGGAGUGUUGACUGAUACGAAAGUGCGAGCCGUUGAGAGAAACAUCUACUUUGGAGAUUCUUGUCAGGAUGUUUUGAGUGCUCUUGGCUCUCCACAUAAGGUCUUCUACAAGUCAGAGGAUAAGAUGAAGAUCCAUUCACCCUCCCCUCACAAGCAAGUCCCGUCCAAGUGUAAUGACUACUUCUUUAACUAUUAUAUUCUGGGAGUGGAUAUACUGUUUGACUCUACAACCCACUUGGUCAAAAAAUUUGUCCUUCACACCAACUACCCUGGCCAUUACAACUUCAACAUAUAUCAUCGGUGUGAUUUCAAGAUUCCUCUCAUCAUUAAAAAAGAUGGGGCAGAUGCUCAGAGUGAGGACUGCAUUUUGACCACCUACAGCAAAUGGGAUCAGAUUCAGGAGCUGCUAGGACACCCCAUGGAAAAACCAGUUGUGCUACACCGGUCAUCAUCUGCAAACAAUACCAACCCUUUUGGCUCCACAUUUUGCUUUGGACUACAGCGGAUGAUAUUUGAGGUCAUGCAGAAUAACCACAUAGCUUCUGUGAGUCUCUACGGAGCGCCUCAUCCAAGUAGCCUGGCCCGUGCCGAUCCGAGCGCCCACUGAGGAAGCCGCCAUGCCCACGGUGCCCGUCCAGCCCUGCAGAGCCUCUGAACUGACCAGCAGAGUGUGCCUUCACUCACUGCUGCCAUCACACAAGCUAAAGCAAGACAUGCUGGGAGUUUCUCUGGAGUUGAACUCCCCCGCC